GAUGUGAUCAUCGCAAUAGCGAAUACGGCAUUUGUGAUGUCCGAAUUUCCCGUAAUCCUGUCACUGGAAAACCACUGCUCGCUGAAGCAACAAAGGAAAAUAGCACAGUACUGUCGCGAAAUUUUUGGAGAUCUGCUACUCAGCGAGCCCUUAAGCGAAUAUCCGGCAACUGUGCAGACAUCUCGCUUUUGUAAAGCGCAUAUUGAAUCAGUGCUUUUUUUUUUGAGCAAAAAUCUAGUUUUGCCAGCAUAUUUACCUGACGAAUCGGUGCAGAAGCAGGGAUCGAUUGAUUCAACUUUUAGCGAUAAAGCACCUACUUCACAAAGCGCUGCAGAAAGCGAUUUGAGUGAAAGCGAGUACAGCGAAAAAGGUAUCAGGGAAGUUUUUUCUAUAUUAGUAUCACGUUGUCAAGCUGGCAGUUGA